AUUUAUUUACAAUUUACACUACAAAAGUUCUCGCUAUAUUUUCUUAUAUUGUUUCGCAUCCACCUUUAAUAAUUAUUACGUAAUACGCAUUUACGUAAAUGCAAAGGUUUUGUUGACCCGCGACUGUAUUGUCGAACAAUAGUACCUAUCACGCGUUUUCGCACAGAUUGUUUGAGUUAUUCGUUUCUGUUAAUUGUUUGCCAUUUAAUUUUAAUAAUUUACGUACCAGCAACACGAAAACCUUAGUAAUUAUUUUCGGCGACGCGAAUACAACGGAUUAAUUUCGGUCUCAUGACCAGUAUCCACCCAAGUACAACCAAUCAUCCAAUUUAAAGUAGUACCUAUAAUAAAACUACCAUGCAAAACGUUAUUAAUAGUGUGAAGGGUACUGCGUUGGGUUUCGCUGGAUUUUUGACUCCAGUUUUAAAGGAAUCAAAAUUUAAAGAAACUGGUGUAGUGACACCGAAUGAGUUUGUUAUUGCUGGUGAUCACUUGGUUCAUACAUGUCCAACAUGGGAAUGGGCUUGUGGUGACGAGUGCAAGACUAAAUCCUAUUUACCGAAAAAUAAACAAUACUUAAUCACAAGAAAUGUUCCAUGUCUACGCCGAUGUAAACAAAUUGAGAACUGUGAAGUUCAAGAGAAUAUUGUGGAAUCUGAAGAAGGAAAUGAAGGAUGGGUUGAGACACAUCAUUUUGAUUCUGCACUCUCACCUUUGAGUGAAAAAAUAUCUGAGAUAUCAUUAGAAGGAAACCUGAACAGUUUAAAUGUAACAAGUCUUAACGAGGAUAAUCAUGUUUUAAAUAGUGCAAUCAAUGACAACUCAAUUGUAAGAAAUAUUAAAGUAGAUAAUCAAAAUUAUUGUGCGGUUGAUGAUGACGAUGAUGAAGAAGAAGGUGACGCUAUUGACAUGGAUGCAUUUGUUGAAAGUGGUUUGCUUGAAGACGACGAUUCGGUAACUAUUUAUCCGGAACAUACAAAAGAAAAAAAGUUAUCUAGCUCUUCUGUUGAUGAUAUAUUAAAAACCCGUACAUAUGACUUACAUAUUACUUAUGACAAAUUCUACCAAACACCAAGGCUAUGGCUUUAUGGUUAUAAUGAAAAUCAAAAACCAUUAAAUGUUGAAGAAAUGUAUGAAGAUGUGAGUCAAGAUUAUGCAAAGAAAACUGUUACAAUGGAAUCACACCCACAUGUUCCAGGUCCUUCUAUGGCUUCAAUACAUCCCUGCAAGCAUGCGGACAUUAUGAAAAAGUUAAUUCAAAUGGUGACCGAUGGUGGAAAAGACUUAGGAGUACACAUGUACUUAAUUAUAUUUUUGAAAUUUGUUCAAUCAGUUAUACCAACUAUAGAUUAUGAUUACACUCAAAAUAUUAAUUUAUAGUAAGAAUUAAGUUGUUCUAUGAAAAUAUGAGAGUAUAAUUUAUUCUGAAUCAAAAUUAA